CGUCAGUCCCUCCGCGCAGAUCCCGGAUGGAGCGGCCAUUGGGCGGAAGUGAACAGAGGUGCACAAUAACUGCGGGCUGGGAGGAGGAAAAAAAUAUAUAUAUUUACACUUUGAAAUAAAUUUACACUCGGCGUGUGACACCAUUGGAUUACACCCCCAACCCGCAGAUCCUCUGAUACUCUUGGAAACAUCCUCAGGCUGGACUUUUAGUGCGCUCGCGUGGACCGGAUCGCCGGAAUCAAGUCGUGGAAGUUGCUGAAAAAAAGCGCAGUUUAGCCUGCACGGAGCCGAGAGGAACCCACAGGCUUCGGGUUACGCCGAGCAACCUCGCUGCUGCUGCUUCUUUUUUCUUUGCAAGACUCUUGCUGAAUCUCAAGAAGCCCUCUUGAUGAAUAAUGUCUACCACCAGUAUUGACCCACAGACAUCCAAAGGGCAAGACGCUAAAGUGCAAAAUGGCUCUCUUCAUCAGAAAGAAACAGUCCACGACAAUGACUUUGAACCAUACCUCACUGGCCAGUCCAAUCCGAAUAACAGUUACCAAUCAAUGACCGACCCAUACCUGUCUAGCUACUAUGCCCCCUCGAUUGGGUUCCCAUACCCCCUCAGCGAGGCCCCCUGGUCCACCGGUGGGGACCCGCCGAUCCCGUACCUCACUCCGUACGCCCCCCUCAGCAAUGGAGACCAUCACUUCAUGCAUGACACUGUGUUCGGACAGCCAGGGGGACUGGGUAGUAGCAUCUAUCCACACCGCUUCAACUUUUUCCCUGAAAACCCAGCGUUUUCCGCCUGGGGUACGAGCGGCUCCCAGGGCCAGCAGACUCAGAGCUCUGCAUACGGGGGCAGUUACAGUUACCCGCCCAGUUCUUUAGGUGGCACCCUGGUACCCGACGGGCAAACGGGCUUCCCAAGUGACACCCUGAAUAAAGCACCUGGUAUGAACAGCUUAGAGCAGGGCAUGGUGGGUUUGAAGAUCGGCGGUGACGUGACUGGAGGAGGUUCUGGCGUAAAGACGGUGGGCUCUGUGAUCGGUGGAGGGCCGGUGGCGGCUGCUGUGGCCACGGGUAACGGCGGGACUCCACUAGGGCUACCGCCUCCCAAACCCACAUCCUGGGCAGCCAUCGCAAGCAAACCGGCCAAGCCUCAGCAGCUGAAGUUGAAGACCAAGCCGGGGAUGCCCAUGGCUGGAGGCACCCUUCCCCCACCACCCAUCAAACACAACAUGGACAUUGGCACCUGGGAUAAUAAGGGGCCUGUGACUAAAGUGGCCUCGCCAUUGCCCCACCACCAGCAGCAGCCUCCGCUCCACUCCCAGGGUCACCUACCGCCUCACCAUCACGGGCUCCCGCCCCCACCUCAGCCCCCUAUCCCGUCUGCCCAAUCACUUGCCCAUCAGAUGGCUAUGCAGGGUCCGCCCCCUCCACUGCCUUACCAGAACCACACCCCUGCUCCUCCCCCUCAAACCCGGUGGGUUGCCCCACGUAACCGCAACCCUGGUUACGGUGGGGGUGGCAGCAUGGAUAGCAGCAGCUCAUCGAGUGGUGGAGGGGUCGGCAACGGUGGUGGCGGAGGACCUCCAGGGUCCUGUGCUGUGGAAUCCCACCCGGUCCUUGAAAAGCUGUGUGCAGCACACAGCUACAAUCCCAAGGAAUUUGAUUGGAACCUGAAAAAUGGCCGGGUUUUCAUCAUUAAGAGCUAUUCGGAGGACGACAUUCACCGCUCCAUCAAGUACUCCAUCUGGUGCAGCACGGAACAUGGCAACAAGCGGCUGGAUACAGCCUUUCGUGGCAUCAACGGCAAGGGUCCUGUCUAUCUGCUGUUCAGUGUCAACGGCAGCGGACACUUCUGCGGCGUAGCGGAGAUGCGCUCGCCUGUAGACUACGGCACCAGCGCCGGCGUUUGGGCGCAGGACAAGUGGAAGGGCAAAUUCGAUGUGGACUGGCUGUUUGUUAAAGACGUACCCAACAGCCAGCUCAGGCACAUCCGCCUGGAGAACAAUGACAACAAGCCCGUGACCAACUCCCGUGACACGCAGGAGGUGCCUCUGGAGAAGGCCAAGCAGGUGCUGAAGAUCAUCGCCACCUACAAACACACCACCUCCAUCUUCGAUGACUUCUCACACUACGAGAAACGGCAAGAGGAGGAGGAGGUGGUAAGAAAGAACCUAGAGCCUGCUCCUCUCCAGAAUCGAUCCCGACUGGAUCAAGAACGCCAGAACCGAAAUAAACAAUAGAAGGCUGCCCCCUACAUAUGAUGAGCAGUUGUUUUAGGACUGACCAUUUGAAAAUAAAAUUUAAAGAGGACACAAGAUGAAAUUUAAAAAAAUAAACAAUCAUUAUGUUUUUUCUAUUUAAUUCUGGUGACUUCAGCCAACGUCAGACUCGAACCUCUGCGCCUCCGGCUUCACCUGUGGGGGCUGAAGUCGAUUAGCACCUCAACGUCCCGUCAUCAUUUUGAUUUCUUUCUCUUUUUUUUUUAUUCUUUGGUAUUGUUUUCAUACACCCCCCCCCCCCCCCUUUGAUCAACCAAUAUGUGCACAAGUCUUUUAUUUCCUCCUAUAUUUUUGUUUCUUCAGCCCCACUGCUCCCCACUAUGCCCUUCAGAGUUGGUUAAAUGAGUGGGUAGUGACUUCUGUGAUGUAUGUGUGUGUGUGUGUGUGUGUAUCAGGGAAGGUGGUGGAGUGUUUGUCAGUCAUGUGAUAUGGGACGGGGGUGGGGGUGUGUUCAGACGCCACUCUGGUUGUGGGGGGAGCGGCAUCUCCAGCAUCAGUAACUGUAACGGGCCAGUUUUACGUUCUGUAGAUCAAGAUUUGUGGAGAAUCAUGCAACUGCGUAGAAGGGACAAUGACAUGUCUUGACAUGAGAUGAUGUUAUAAAAAAAAACUAUUUUUGAAUUAUGUAACACUUGACUUUUUUUUUGUUCAGUGACGAGCCACUUAUGUCACAGGUUUUUCUUUUUCUUUUUUUUUCUGUUUUUCCUGCUUGGAGCCUUAACAUUUUAAAGCUACGGAAACCGUUUAAUAAUGGCUGUUCUAUACCUCAAAUGAAACAGCGUUAUCAGGGAGACGACAUCCCAUGCAUCCUUAACCAAGGGAAGUCAACAUUGUCACUGGCUGUACUAAAAAAAAAAAAAAAACAAGUAAAACUAAUGUUUUCAUUGCGGUUCAGAGCCCAGUGCUCAGACUCUGUUCCCAUACACAAUGUUUAAAGAGCGGAGAUGUAACUACUUACUGUUCCAACCCCGCCCAGCAGAGGUCGCUGUUUCUUUAAGCCAAUCUGAGAGAUGUAGCAAUUCACUGCUUUUAAUUUGAAAUCACUUUAGAUGCAUCACUUCUUUUUUUGUUGUGUUCUUUGUCCUUUCUUAACAGAUUUUAUUUUAUCGCUUUUUCCCCUCCCCAUGUCCUCAGUAUAUUGCUAAGCUUUAACGUAGGAUCAUAUAAUUAUAACAGUAAAGAAGAACGCCUCAAAUGUGUAACCUGAAAAUUAAUGUUACUGAUUUACUGUUAAAGGAAAGAAAAACAAACAAACAAACAAAAAAAGAGUAUAUGGUUUCUGUGCGUGAUUUUUUUUUUAGGACCUGCUUGCUGUUUCGUGUGUUUGUGUGUGGGAGAGCGGAAUUGAACCGUGUGAGGGUUUCAGAUUUCUAUAGUCAUAUAACUAAAGAUUCAUGAAAAUAUAUGAAAUACUAAAAAUAUUAAAAAAGAGUUACAAGACAAACAUUUAAGUCACCCCUGAAAUGAAUAUGCAUUGUAUUGGAAGGUCACUAUCUAUCACGUUCUUAGAUUUGAUCAUGCUCAUUAUUAAAAUAAUACUAUAUGGUGUAA